GACAGCGCCACGCGCCACCGCGCAGCUGCAGCAGGUUCCGAGCCGCGGGUGACUGAAGGCCCAGAAGGAGAACCAGAGAAGGAGCCUUCAUCUGUAAUCAAAUUAUCCUCCCUUUCAUCCUUAAGGAUGUCUGGAUGGAAUGUUCUCAAAGCUCGUCGCAGAUUGACUUUAAAGUCCUGGAAGACAGAAGGGAACUGGAAAAAACAUCAUUUCAUCACUGCAUGGACACUGAGAUAUGAAAAGUUUGAGGGUUGAAGAAGGUGUAUGCGCUUUGAACGCGCAGCAGUGACUAGACACCCCUCCAUUCACCCCCAAAACUAACUGACUGACAAAAAACGCAUCAAGAUCCGGUCCAGCCUUGCAGAUGCAUAAUCUCAAACAUGGAAAAUGAUUUGCAAGAAGAGGGAGGUGGGGGUGAGGAGGAGUGCGCGGGCGCAUCGUGUGUGCGCGGGGAAGGGGGUGUUGGGUGGGGGGUGGAGAAGAGUGAAGCACUUCAGCUUCCUCGCGCCGGAGCCCGGUAAUAACUACAAGGAGCGGUUCUUUCGGAUGGAUUUAUCGUCCCUCCCACCUCACACCGCAGAAUUCCAUUCACAGGACAGGUGACUGUGACGACGGAGGCAGAAGAAGAAAAGAGACCCGAGAACACCCCCCUCCACUCCUCAUCCUCCUCCUCCUCUUUUCUGAUGCCUCUCACAUGCGUGGAGGAGAGGGGAGCCGAAAGUAUCUUGAUUUCUGUCCUGCGAUUUUCGCGCGCGGUUUGCGCUCCUGUCUGGCUGGAAGCAAAUCUGUGCGGGCUGAAGCGGAAGGCUGGGGAUGAACAGACAGAGCUGGGGAUCAGCAGGAGUGUCUGUGUGUGUGAGACUGGAACUGGAUCCAUCUUAUCCUCUGGCACUCCAAAAGCGCUCGUCCGUUCAUUAAAGUCCGGCGGACGCAGACUCCAGCGCCGGCAGAUUUUUCUUCAGAGGACAGGACUCUGUGCUCGGUGCGCUCUGCUCUGCUCUGCACGCGCACCGUGCAGGUGUGGGUACCUGGAACAACCGGGAUCGCGGAGGAGGGAACUUGCUUAAUGGGCCCCAAACCUCGGGAGCAGCCCGGGAUGGCGUGCAGCACGUGCUACUACCUGGUUAUCAGCUCCACUCACCUGAGCAAUGGACACAUUCGGCGCGUCAAGGGGGUCUUCAGAGGACCGCUGUGCGCCAGCAGCGACUCACCGGAAUGCACAGAGAGAGCUUUGGGUUGCUCCGCAGAGGAUCUGAAGUCGCUUUUCUACUGUGAGCUGUGUGACAAGCAGUACCUGAGACACCAGGAGUUUGACAACCACAUCAACUCCUAUGACCACGCACACAAGCAGAGACUGAAAGAGCUCCAGCACAGAGAGUUUGUUCGCAACGUGGCCUCAAAAUCUUGGAAGGACCAGCGCAAAGAGGAGAAGGCUCUCAGGCGUCUGCACCAGCUCGCACAACUGCAGCAAGAAACCCAGAGAAUCCCAAGGAAGGCGUGUGAGCUGAGACAUAGCAUCAGAGCUCUCAGUCAGCAAGAGGACCACGGCCCUGAGGACAAAGCUGAAAACUUCAGCUUCACACAACAAACCUUUGCUUCUCAACACAGGACUCAAAGCAUUCAGUCAGAAGUUUCAUGCCGACCUCUUCCACAAAAACCCAUCACUGCAGCCGAGCCCCCGCUGAUCACUUCCACUGCUGAUACAAGCCCCCCUGCAGCGCAGAGCCAGUCUUGCCACAGCUUGUGUCCCAAGCUGCCUCUCCCUGUGCAGGGGAAAGUGGGAGGCAGGCUUGGAGUAUCCUUCUGCUUCUCACGCAGAGGGCCCCGGCUGGAGCCUUCUGCCUCUGUCUUCUCAGACCUGGAGGAGGAGGAGAGGGAGAAGCGAGAGCAAAUAAAAGAAAGAAUAAAAGAGAUAAUGGAAGAUAUCGACAGGGAAAUUGGGGAGGCUGAUGAAAGGAAACGCAGUGUGAGUGCAAAGAAGGAAGAGUCUAACAGCAUCUCGCUUCGUGACAUUCAGCCUGUCCCAGAGGGGGGGGUGAGGGACCUGAUGGAAAAGGCAGACAAAGAGGAAGAAGAUUUCCCUUUUUCUAGAGCAGCAACUGACAAUCAGAUCCAUGACUCAACAGUCACACAUUUACAGACAGAAGUGACUUUGUGGGACACGGCGUUGGGCCGCAUGGACAUAAACCACGAAGAAACAGAGAGGAGGCAAGGAGCAGAAAAGGAGGCGAGUUCGUUUGUGUCUGUUCUGGGGAGAGAUGAUUCAACUCAUCUGAGAUGGCCUGUCAGUUUGCUUAAAUUCACCAAAUCUCAGCCGCACGUCUCCUACAGCUGCAACCCGCUCUGCAUGAACCUGCAUCCACCUGAAAAACUCACAGAGGACCUACAAGAGUCACAACAAAAUCAAUUGGGUGCUUUUUCAGAUGAAUCAAAUCCCUGUCUGCCAGCUGCUCCUGCGCCACAUGCUCAUUCCCAUUUGCAAACUGAGGCAAGACAUGAGCAGGGCGCACACGAACAAGACAAAAAUAAGAUUUAUAAUCAGGAAGAGAACAUGGACGCGCGGGCAGAAGCACAUCUGCUCCUUAAAAACAAAUGCCUCUCAUGCUCAGUUACAAGACCACGAUGUGUUGAUGAAAGAGGAUGCAGAACAAGUGAGGAGAACUGUGAGAGGGCAGCUUCCCGACCAUUUGACCCCACUCAGACUGACAUCUCUGAUACAAACUCCAAAAAUCCUCUGGGAGGCAGAUUAAAGGCUGCAAAAGGGAUCAGGAAGAGAGCCAUCACAGCCCUGAGCUGUAAAUUAGAAUCUGUCACCCAGCUGGCCACGCAGGGGACAUGCAUCAGCCCAUCCAGGUGUGAUUGCGGGAGUGAGACGAUGAGCAAGUGUGCCAACACUCCGCCAUACGUGUGCGUCCCAAAAGCGUCACCCAAAAGGAGAAAAAAACACACCAAGAAGCACAAGACAAAGCAGACUGAGGGGAGAAAAGCUUCAAAGAAGCAGCAAUCAGUAAAGUGCAAAGUUAGAAGUGUUGUCUCUGCAGUUUCUGCUGGAUUACAGCGCAGAGAAGAAACCGGGGGAAGCUCCGGAAAGAGAAGGAGGCAAAGAGAAAAGAGGAUGAGGAGGGUGGCUGUAGCAUGGAGCCACUGUCUCCCGGGGAGAUGUGAGGCUGAGCCAGUAUCUGUCUCUGUCAGGAAGCGGAGGCCUCAUAGGAACCACAACACUGAAUUCAAGUCACAGCGAGGCAGCGCGCAGGCAGAGCGCCUCGCCAUCCACUCUCAGCUCGGCAGACACGCGGCAAACAGGGGUAAUAAGGGGGAGGGAAAUACAGAAGGAGAUGGGGGGACUUUUCCCUGGCGGUCUCACUUCUCCUCGCACUCCUUUUCACCGGGUUGUAACUCAAAGCCGUUUUGGGAAAGGGGUCACCAUAGCAACCCCAAGAGUUUCAUUGACUGCUGUUACCCUGACAACAGCUGUGGUAGCAGCCCACCAAAAAGGAGAAAAGUUCUCCGUGGGGACAGGACAUUCAUUCAUAAUAAGAGGAACUGUGAAGUCUGGGAGGACAGGGGGAGGGAAAUAGCAGGACAUUCAGGCUACAGAGACAGAGACCUGAUUUCAGAUACAGGACAGUGGGAGUGGAUGAGGGGGGGCUGUGAAGAUGAUGAUGACGAAGGUAAGUCAAGGACUGCCUGGAGCCUAAAAAACAGUUCAAUAGAGUGGGAUAAUGUGGAAAGGUUUACUCCUAGUCCUAGUAGCUGGGGCAGGACGUACAGACAUUACAGCACAGAGGAUUUAGACUGGGACAGGAGCAGCAUGGACAGAUGGACAUGGGGCAGCAGUGACAACUGGGAGGACAGGGGCACAUAUAGAUCUCUGUCAGGGUCUAGGAGGAGCACAGAUAGCAGAGAAAGCCCAUGCAGCACGUGGAGAUGCACAGUCACCAGAAAGUCCAGUUUAAAAUCGCUUUCAGGUCAUGAAAGGUGGAGAAAGAGACGUCGCCGUCAGAGUGUGAUCGGGACUCGGAUCAGUCAAAGCCCACGCUCCUGCAGCCCGUGCAGCAGCACCAACACAUCUGAGCUGAGCAGCGAAUGGAGCAGGAGCAGCACGUUUUCGGUGGAUAGCAAGGAUGGGGUGAGGAUCAGCUCGGCCGGGACGUCCUCACACACUGCAGAAAACAAGCACAGCAGCCCUUCCUCCUCCUCAUAUCCCCUCCCUCAGUGUCCGUCCCCCAUCCAUGCACCGUCUCCAAAAGAUUCCAACCUGACUAUGAAACACUGUGAAAGCAGCUCCUCACAGCUCAAAGAAAGGAAUUCACAACCAAACCGUUCCCCUGAGCUCAGCACCCCUGUCAGCUCAGACAAAACUCCGACAGGCCUGUGUCCCACUAAGACUCUGGCACAAAAGCCCACGAGAAUAUUGGUUUUCCCUCUUAUCGGAAAACUUCCCGCCAUCCAGAGAAAAGCGAGGGGAACCAAAGGACUGUUAGAGAAAAGUCACGAAAGGCAGAAAAGCGAGAGCCAGGAAGAAGAUCUCGGCAUAACUUUUGACCGUCCAACACAUGCCUCGGAUGAUCCAGAUCCCAGCACUGUGCCAAAUCCCCGGAAGCAGAUUAGGACCUGUGACAAACGGGCAGGUGGAGAGACCGCUCAACCAAUCAGCUUUUCAGCUGCGGAGAUGGACAAAUAUCGCGUUUUGCAGGAACAGGCGAGAGAGCACAUGCAGAAAGUCUUGGAAACGAAACACGAGAACGGAGACGCACACCUGCAGAUGGACUCUACGCCCUGCUGCGUGUCACCGGACGACCACUACUAUCCUGCAGGGUUGCACGACCCUGCAAAGCCUCAAGAUCAGUUACUGCAUUUAGAAGUAAUGGAAAGAGUACAACACACUCUCCGUAACAGUCUCCCCGCCCCACACAUGAGCCCACUGGAGAACAUCACACAAUCGAUGGCUCUGGAAGUCCCUAACCUCCCCCCUCUACCACCGUCUCCCCCAAUCUCCAAUCUGCAUCACGUCGUUUUCCAACAUGCAGCUCUCUCCAUGCCCCCACACUCCUCCUCCACCUCCAGCUCGGCUUCCCUCUCUCCUGCUUUCCAUCCACAUCUGCCACCUCGCCCUCCUUCCAUCCCAAAUCCCUUUUCCCUCCCUCCCCUCUCCAUCUCCUCCCUGUUUCCCUCCCUGCUGCUCUCACAUCACCCCUUUCCGUUCCUCCACCAAUCUCCAGUUUUCCACACGUCCGCGCUCACCCCGCUCUUCCCCGUCGGCCUUCAGCCGCUGAGCCCGCGGCCUUUCAUGGACGCACCGUGGCCAGGGAGGUUUCAGCAGAAGGCGAUAUGAUUUCUUUCAGAGUGCCUGCCACGCUAAUUAAUCUUUCCUGGCAACGACACGAGGAGAUGAAAUGCUCGACGUGAGACAGGUUUAUCUGAAACGAGGUUGUGUCAGUGCUUUUUGACUGUUUUCAAAUGAAAACAUUUAGCGCGUGCUGUGCAGCGCUGGAGAUGACAAGCAAGGAAACAGACUUUGAUCCUCUCUGUUUUCCAUCAGUCCCCAUUUAAGUCCAAAAAUAAAAGGAAAGGUGCACCUGGUAUUCAAAGACAGACUGAGCGGUGUCAUCCUGUCUUUUUCUCUCAGAGCCACAUUCAGGCAGGCGGCUGUUUGAAGAACCCUUCAAGCCAGGGACAGCGCAACAAGAGAAAGUAAUAAUACUCACCCCCUUAUCUCCAUUUCUUGCAGGUCAGCUGAGUUAGCGUGUGACUUUUAGCAAACAUCAAUAAUGUACCAAAGGCCAAAGGGGCUGGAAAAGCCAUUUUUACCUUAACUGCAUAGGUUUGUAAAAAGUAAGAAUAUUUCUGAAAAGACACAAUUUCCCGUCAAAAGUAACAGCAGCUUCUUUUCAAGUGACUUUAGCAAAACAGAAGAACUGCUCUGUCAGUGUACAUGUAAAGACUGUGGUUGGAAAACUGACUGGAAACAUUAAAAUGUGUAUUUAACCACGACUGUUUGUAUAUUGAUUUGGACAACCUGUGGUUUUUGUGAUGAACUAUUUUUUCACAAGUUUUACAGUAAAAAGUUUUUUUUUAAACCUUAACAAAUCAACUGCUGAGGCACAGUUCAAUUCAUUGAAUUCAUUAACUGAGAACAAAUGAGCUUUAAUGUGUUUUUAUGGUCUGUUGGAGUGUUGUUGAUCAUCCAAAGUGUUGCAGCAACAUUUGAGAAUUUGUGGAUAAUGCAUUUAAAAAUGAGGCGUAUAAUUCCUUAAAAAAAUAGUCUGUGAAGGUUUUCACUGCAAACAUUUGUUAAGUGCCUAAUAUUUUAAAAAGCACAAAAAAUACCCCAAAAAGAUACCUUUAAAUAAAAAAAUAAGGGAAUAAAGUUUUAUUUUUUUCUGCCUUAUACAUACAAAUGUGUCUCCUUAUUUUUAUGCAAUGUUGGAUCUUUCAUUACCAAAUGUGAGUCCAAAACUCUCAUAACUUUGACCCUCUUUCAAGUUGUUUCAAGAAAUAAAAACACAGACAAGUGGUUAGAAUGAAAACAGUCUAUUUGUAUCAUUAAUAAAAUGGAUGGCUUCUUUCUCGCAUGUCUUGCCAGGGUUAUGGAUGAUGGUAACUGUUGCUAUGCAUUCAAGGCUAGUAAUAAAGCUGCUUGCCAAACAGUUGAAAGCUGCAGCGGCGGGCUCUAAGGGAACGGAACACAGAGGAGAACAGAGCAGCAUCCAGAUGGUCUAUGGAGUCAGACUACCCAGAGUGCUUUGAGAAAUUGGAUUGAUUUGCCCUCCGUGAUACGACUGGACACAACCCAGAAUAAGCAGCGAGGGAGGGGGGCUACAGCAGGGGUCUGACAUUAAUACAGACACAUGCAUGCUCCAGAAAUAUAAGAAAGCUCUAACAGCGACUCAAUGAUUACAGCAGCAGUCUGACUAUACUGCUUGUGACCCUUUAGCUUGUGUGCGCGUUUAAAUUUGGUAGAAACGCGAGAUCUGUAUCUUUCUCCCCAGGACCGGAGAUCAAACAGACUCUCUGAAAUAUAGAGCAGCAAUAAUUAGCAGCUGUUACAGCAUCAAACUUCUCUAUCUCUACCUCUCAUUCUCUAACACACACACACACAUGCCCUGCUGCUCUCUUAACGUUUUCAAAUCAGACAUUGUUUUCCUCAUCCCUGCAAAACUGAAAUCCAGGUGGAUGACAGUAAAUUACCAAACCACCCCUUUUUUUAUCCUUCAUCUCUUAAGACUGUCAUCUCAACUGCAGAGAAAAUGAAAAAAAAUGAAUUAAGAACGGGGGAUGUAUUUAAAAAAAAUAUAAAAGCAUAGUAAUCGGAUGGAUCUGCCAACUUUACUGUAACAUAAAAUUGAAUUUCAAGUCUCUCUUUCCUCACUGGGCUUUUGGUGCUGUGGUCAUGUGGAAAUUAGUAAUCACAAUAUCGCUGUACUUUCUGUCAGUGACUGAUUAAACCAUUACCUAAGCCCUGAGACUUGCCCCCUGGUGUGUUCAUGUUUUGCUGCUGAGUGUGCGCCCACUGGAGUGUGCCUUGAUUUAUGAUCGAGAGGAAGCAGUUUCUUCAGUCAAUCCGCUUCUGAGAACUAAUGAGGAAUAAAAACUAAAGCUGGCACUCAGUCACCAAAAAAAAAAAA